CCACAUCUACAUUUUAGUUCGAAUCCGGUUCGGAUGAGACAGAACCCAAAUGGACUGUCUCCAUAAACCAUACCACAUUACUGUUACUUUGUAACUCCAAUGGCGGCAUCUCCAAAUAACGAAACCUCUGCUACCCAAACCCUGGAACCUCAACACCCCUCAAUGAACGGCGAAGAUUCAGUCCCCCAACCCUCUCAGCCAUCCCAACAGGACCUCGACCAAGGUCCCUCUAAUCCCCAAUCAGCAUCGGCGGACGACACCGUUUCCGUUGGCGAGAAGCGAAAGCGAGAGGACCCACCACCCUCGGACCAGUCGUCCCUUCACCCACUGUGGAAGACCAGCCUCUGCUCCUACUUCAGGCGCAACUCCGGGUCCUGCAGCCACGGCGAUUCGUGCAGGUACGCUCACAGCGAGGAGGAGCUCCGCCCGCGGCCUGAUAACACCUGGGACCCGACCUCGUGGCGCGCCAAGAAUGCGUUGAGGUCCGAGGAGAGCGAGAGGCAAGAGCGCCCGGAGGAGGAUGUAAUGAUGACUGAGGCGGUUGUCGACGAGGAUGAUGGCGAUAAGGAUAAUGAUGGUUGCUCGGACUCUGGGCUUAGCAAGUGCUUGGUGCAUUUGCCGAUGAAGUGGAACUCUGAGGAUUUGAUGGAGUUUCUUGGUGAACAGGGAGUUCAUUUCAAAUCUGUGAAGAAAAAGAAAGGCAUGACUGUGGGUUUUGUGAGUUUUGAAAGUGCAGUACAAUUGAAAACUGCCCAAGAGGAACUUAAAGGAAAGUCUAUUGGCAACAAAAAUCUAAAGGUUGCUGAUGUCAUUCCUCGAUCAUUUGAAAAGAGAAUAAGAUCAGCAGCGGCUCUCCCUAUAAGGGACCAGCAAACUAGGGAACCUACAUUGGAUGGAGAGAAUGUAGGGGUACCUAUUUCUUCAAAUGGGAUUGAGGAUGGUGAUACCAAUAAUGACGAUAAAAACUGUUUGACAGUGGAUGGUUCUGUUUCCAGGGCAAGAAGUGCCCGUGAUGUUGUGACUCCUCUUGCUCAUAUGUCUUAUGGUGAUCAGUUGGAGCACAAAAAGAACUCUCUCAUGCAGAUUCUCAAAAGACUUACUAGAAAUGCACGUAAAGCUUGCCCAAAUGGUGUAUCACUUCCAGAAUGGAUUCUAAAAUCUAGAGAAAUAGGCGGUCUUCCAUGUGAACUAGAGGGUAUAAUCGAAUCACCCCUUGUAAACGGAUACCGCAACAAGUGCGAGUUUUCAGCUGGAUAUUCUCUACAGGGCAAACCAACUGUGGGAUUCAUGCUCGGUAACUUUAGGGAGGGUGUGACAGCAGUUGAAGAACCUGUGGACUGCCCAAACGUUUCAAGAAUUGCUUGCAAAUAUGCUUCAAUAUUUCAGGAAUUUUUGCAAAACUCAGGAUUACCAAUUUGGAACAGAUUUAAGAAUACUGGAUUUUGGCGUCAAUUAACAGUUCGAGAAGGAAGAGCCCCAGGGAAGAUUGAUGUUGAAAAUUCUGAUGCCAGCAUUUCAGAGGUCAUGCUCGUUGUUCAGGUUUGCUCUGCGGGAUUUGAUGAUGCUGUAAUUACCGGUGAAUUUAAGAGGCUGGCUGAAGUAUUCACUGAAGGGGCUGCAGAAAAUUCUGUGUCUUUGCCUUUAACAGCUUUGGUUGUUCAGGAUCACCAAGGAAUAUCAAAUGUUGCACCAACUGAUGCUCCCUUGUGCCAAUUGCCCAUUCCUAAGGCCGCUGGUCCUGAACCAGAGGCUACUGCUGAUCCUGUAGAGGAUCACCCAGGAAUAUCAAAUGUUGCACCAACUGAUGCUCCAUUGUGCCAAUUGCCCAUUCCUAAGGCCGCUGGUCCUGAACCAGAGGCUACCACUGAUCCUGUAGAGGCGAGAAUUCAUGACUCUAUAGGCAAUCUUCGUUUCUGUAUAUCUCCCACAGCUUUUUUCCAGGUUAAUACUCUUGCUGCUGAGAAGCUAUACUCGCUUGCUGGGGAUUGGGCUGGUUUGGGCCCUGAUACCUUGCUGUUUGAUGUAUGCUGUGGGACUGGUACAAUUGGCCUGACUUUAGCACAUCGUGUUGGUAUGGUGAUUGGCAUUGAAAUGAAUGCUUCUGCAGUUUCAGACGCUUAUAGGAAUGCUGAAAUCAAUGGCAUUAAAAACUGUAAAUUUGUUUGUGCAAAGGCGGAGGAUGUAAUGGGGUCAUUAUUGAAAGAGUACCUAAAUUUGCCUCAGAAGUCAGACGAGAUUUCAAAUACUUCUGAAAGUAGUGACAAAGAAAUUGCUACUCCUGGAGAGAAAGAUACCUCAAUUGACAAUGUACUAGAGCCUGAAGAGAACUCAGGCCAUGAUCAUGUAAAUAAUAAAAGUGCAUCUGAUUGUUUAGAAAAUGGAGGACAAGAAACUGGGAUCCAACAGCAGGGGAAUGGCACUUCUGAAAGUGGGAAUACUUCUGUGCCACAGUUUAAGAAUGUUGUUGCCAUUGUUGAUCCUCCACGUGUUGGACUUCAUCCCAUUGUGAUUAAAGCGCUGAGAACUCAUCCUCGUCUGCACAGGCUUGUUUACAUUUCCUGUAAUCCUGACAGUUUGGUGGCAAAUGCUAUUGAGCUUUGCACACCAUCUCCUCAGAAAAUUGAAAAAGGAAAUAAAAACAACCGGGGAUGGAGAAGUAUGAGUAGUGCUGGUCUAGCACGGCACAGGGUCAAGUCUAUGCCAAUUUCAGAGCCUUUCCGACCAGUAAAAGCCAUGGCGGUUGAUCUUUUCCCGCAUACUGUGCACUGUGAAAUGGUGAUGCUCCUAGAAAGGUAGAUAUCAAAGAAGUCUCUAUGGAGACGAAUUGAUUUUAAAUUUAUCUGAUCCCAAAAAAAUUUUCUCAAGGCUUUGAUGAGUUGUUGAUUACCCAAAAAAUUAGCUAGACCUUAUUGUCUGACAUUUGCCAUUUUUGUACACCUAUUAUAUUAUGAUUUCAGUUUGACAUUAAACUCA